UUACCAAAACUUUUAAGAGGAUAUCAUAAGUGCACUAAAGAAGAUGCCGUAAAAUUAGCGGCACUUAUACUUAGAGUUAGGUUCGGCGAAAGCAAAGCUGAAUUACAAGCCAUUCCGAAUCUAUUGCACGAAUUAAUACCCAUAGAUGUGAUUAAAAUACAGAAUCCCAAUGAAUGGAAAAAGGCAAUUAUAACAGCACACAAUCAAGAGAAUGGCGUUAACUGCGAAAACGCUAAAAUUUCAUUCCUCAAGUUUGUAUAUAAAUGGCCGACAUUUGGAUCAGCCUUUUUCGAAGUGAAGCAAAACGGCGACACAAACUUUCCGGAACACCUUCUUAUAGCCAUCAACAAGAAU